AUGGCCACGGUUGGUAUUGAUAUUGGAACAGGUUCAGUACGUGUAUGUUAUCAUGAUGCCGUAAAUGGUAUAUUCGAAUCAUAUGAUGAACCAAUCACUACGUAUAAUGUCAAUGAUGAUAUAAUCAGCCAAUCAUCCAACGAAAUCUUUAGGAAUAUUCUUAAAUUAUUAAAUAAAUUGAAUCAUAAAGAUUAUGUGGCAGUGUCAACGGCAGCCACUUGUUCUAUGGUGGUGACUGAAAUACAGGAGAUUAUAACAAGUAAUGAAUAUAUAGUGGAAAGCUUCCAUUUACCAACCACUAUAGGGUCACAAUCAAAUAUAUUUGAUAUAUUUUUAUGGAUGGAUAAUAAAGCCACGAAAGAAACCAAUGAAUUAAAUCAAUCAUUACCUUCAUCGAUAUUAAAUAGAGUUGGAAAGAAAUUGGUUCCUGAAUUAGGUAUACCGAAAUUAAAAUACUUACAAUCAAUAUAUCCUGAUAAGAAGUUCAUAGUGUUUGAAUUUUAUGAUUGGAUUCAUAAUUUAUUAAGUACUAGCAUUGGUUCUAAACGAAUCGUUACACUUAAUCCUCAAUCGUAUGCUGAUGAUAGUUAUGCUUUAGAUGGAUCUAUCAAAGGGUGGUCAAGUUCUACAUUGAAAGAUUUAUUCCAUAUUGAUAACAUUCAAGUAGGUGGAUUUCAACAAGAUAGAUUUGGCAUUGAAAAUCAUUCUUUACUUCCAUGGGGGUACCCUGUAGGUCAAUUAAGUACUGAAGUCAAACAGACAAUCGGAAUAUCGAAAGAUCAUGAGGUUAUAAUUGCUAAUGGUUGUAUUGAUUGUUAUGCCGGUUGGUUGUCUACCAUCGUCAACCCUGAUGAUUUCAAUAAUGGAAUAUGUACGAUGGUAGCAGGAACAUCUACAUGCUUUUUAUAUCCUGGUUUGAGCAAAGCAAACGAUGUGUUUGUGGAUGGUAUUUGGGGACCAUUUAAGAUCAGUGAUGAUAUUCAUAUGUAUGAAUUUGGACAACCUGCUACUGGGAAAUUAUUUGAACGAUUAUUUCAAAAUUAUGAAAAGACCAUAAGGAAAAUAGUGGAUGUUAAUGAUUCAAAAUUAGUGUUUGAUUAUAUUGAAACUGAGAUUCAAAAGUACGAGGUUAAAUAUCAUAAAUCUAUUAAUCAAAUGAUUAAGAAUUAUUUCUAUUAUGGAGAUGUAUUUGGGAAUAGAAGUCCAUUGAAUGAUUUUUCUAUGAGUGAAAUGAUAAUUGAUGGGAUGAAUAGUGAGAGUAUUGAUGAAGCAUUCAAAUCAAUAUCCAUUAUAAGUGAUGAGUCAUCAGAUGAAAGAAUAAUACAAAGUUUAAUUAUUAAGUAUAAUCUUAUCUUAGAAUUCUUAUGUUUCCAAACUAAACAAAUGAUAGAUGGUUUCCAUACUAGUGGAGUUAAUCCUAUUAAAAAACUUGUUAUGGUUGGAUCUCAAAGUCAUAAUAAAAGAUUUGUGGAAUUAUUAAGCAAUAUAUUACAAUUACCGAUCAUCACCCUAGAUAAGGAAGAUAAGAAAUAUGAUGUGGUCAAAGGGGCAUCUAUAAUGGCCAGGGUUGGGGUUGAAUUAUAUCAAGAUAAGGAAUUAGAGUAUGGUGAAGGAUUACAAAAGAUAUUACUGGAACAUAAGAUUCACACCGCCAAUAUCCGAGAAACCAUACCUUCAGAUAAAGAUCGGAGAUUAUUGGAGGUAAAGUACGAGAUAUUUAUUGAUAUGUGUAAUAGACAACAGAAAUAUAGGGAUAUGAUGAGAGCCGUAUAG